UGUCACGCCUCCAGUGACUCCACCGAUCAAUAAAACCUUAGAUUUCAAUUGUGACUCAUUUAAAAUAGUUUUUAAUAUAAAGUUGAAAGAGUGAAAUCGUGAAUAUUGUGACAUUAUUCCGCCCUCAGCUCCAGCUGCGUGUCUUCAUUUCAAAGCGGAACUCUAUUUGACUUUGAUCCUGGUUUGUUGUUUCCACACGGGAGGAUACACGGGAUCGUCAUUACGUAGCUGACAUGGCAGCCCUCCGGACGGCUCUUCAUGCACGACUUGUCCAGUCUCUCCCCUUCUCUACUGGCUCACUGCGGUUGUCCAGCUCCUUCAAGGCAGCAGACCUCAGCAUCGAACGCAGCACAGCAUGCAAGCCGAAGCCCGACCCGUCCACGCUGGUGUUCGGCAAACAGUUCUCCGACCACAUGUUGACCAUCAACUGGUCGGAGAAGAGUGGCUGGGAGACCCCGGAGAUCAAACCUUUCCAGAACCUGUCGCUGCAUCCUGCCAGCUCGGCCCUGCACUACUCUAUAGAGCUCUUUGAAGGCAUGAAGGCUUUUCGUGGCGUCGACAACCACGUCCGCCUCUUCAGACCGAUGCUGAACAUGGAGAGGAUGCACCGCAGCGCCGAGAGGAGCUGUCUGCCCCUCUUUGAUAAAGGUGAACUGCUGUCGUGCAUCAACAAGCUGGUGGAGGUCGACCAGGAGUGGGUUCCUUACUCCCAGGACGCCAGUCUCUACAUCAGACCCACCUUCAUAGGAACUGAGCCGUCUCUCGGCGUGUCUCGCUCAGGACAGGCCAUGCUCUUCGUCAUCGUCGGUCCGGUGGGGCCGUACUUCGCCACAGGAUUCUUUAACCCCGUGUCUCUUCUGGCCGACCCUGCGUUUGUCAGAGCCUGUAAAGGAGGCGUCGGCGCUUACAAGAUGGGAGGUAACUACGGUCCCACCAUCUUGGUGCAGACCGAGGCAGUGAAGCGCGGCUGUCAACAGGUGCUGUGGUUGUACGGCGAGGAGGAGGAGAUCACCGAGGUCGGCACCAUGAACCUCUUCAUCUACUGGACCAACGAGAAAGGAGAGAGAGAGUUGCUGACUCCACCUCUAGAUGGCAUCAUCCUACCCGGAGUCACCAGACAGUCUCUGCUGGACCUCGGCAGAUCCUGGGGAGAGUUUAAGGUGACGGAGCGCACCAUGAGCAUGAAGGAGCUGCUCGGGGCUCUGGACGCCGGGAGGAUCCUGGAGGUGUUCGGAGCAGGGACGGCGUGUGUCGUCUGUCCUGUCGGCUCCAUCCUCUACAAAGGAAAGACGUAUCCUAUCCCAACGAUGCAGAACGGUCCCGAUCUGACAAAGAGGUUCCACAAAGAACUGACUGAUAUUCAGUAUGGACGCAAACCCAGUGAAUGGGCACCACUUGUCGUUUAAACGCCCAUUUUGCACACGUCACUCAGUCCCCUAAUUCCAGUUUGGAUGGCCAGACUCCCUUCCCUUCCUUCCCUUCCCUUCCUUCCCUUCCCUUCCCUUCCCUUCCCUUCCCUUGCUCUGGAUCCACUAACGCACUCCUGCUGCUUCUCUUCUCUUCCGUCUUCUCGGGAAAAACCACUUUCACGGAAGUCCCUUCCUCUGCAGACGCUCACGGUAGAAGACGGCCAGUGGUUUUGAACGCGGCCGCCUGCUUUUUCUCAAAGCAAUAUUAACACUAAGUUUGACCUCGAGAUAACGCACUCAAACAAAACAAUGGUCAUAGGACAAAGACGUGGAGAUUUGGUGAGAUCUGUUACAAACACAAAUCGAAUUCUCUCCUAAUGCUAACCCGAUCACAGUUAAAGGGAUAGUUCAGGUUUUUUAAAAGUGUGGUUUUAUGAGGCGCUGACAAACAGACUUUGCCGUCAGCACAAUGUGCUCAGUGGGGACUUGUGUUACUCAGGAAGUGUAAUAAUCAGGGUUCGAGUGGGUGCUUGAAAUCCUUUGAUUUUAAUGUGUUUGAAAGUUUUUUUUUUUUUUUAGAUUUUAAACAAAUAUUUGAAUCAAAAAACAAACAAACUGGACAGUUUGAUUUUUAGAUGAUUCUAUUAUAGCAUAAUAUUACCGUCUCUUUUAUUGUGAAAUAAUAAUUUUGAGUGUGUAUACAUAUAAGGUUAACCACAGAUUUAAGGUGCUUGGAAAAAGGUAACAUUUUUGAACACGAUCAUGGAAAUGAACAUUUAACGAUAUGACAAAUAUCUACAAAUAGCCAUCUUUGACUGUUUUCUUCAGGUUUCUCACAAUGUGACCUGUAGCAUGAAAUGUAGCAUUAUUGCGUUAAAUUAUCUUUUUUUAAAAACACUAAAGUCUAAACUAAAAGGCUAAUACACUGCAGGUGUUACACUCAAAACAUUAAGUGCAAAAUAUGUCCCAUUCAAAUGUCAUGUUUAUCUUUUUUUGAGGAGCGAACAUUAGCAUUAGCUAAAAUGUCUCCAACAAAAAAACAAAGCGUCUUCAGGAAAAAAAAAAUAUAUAUAUAUAUAUAUAUAUAUAUUGUCGCCUUUUUAACGAUGUCAUUGUGUGACAUAAGCAGAUUUGUGACUCCAGGUAAACGACAAAGAGAGAGGAUAUGUCUUUACGUAUGUUUUGAUUGCGAGAGACAUGACGUACUGCACGUUUAACGUCUUAACCUCAUACAACCACAUUUGAAAUAAACAUGAAAUAUCCCUUUAAAACAACAACAAUGUACAGGAAGAAAAUGUUGGAUGGUAUUAUUUUUACUGUUGCUUGUCAAGGAAACGUAUUAACGUACGACUUUAUUCAGAAUUGUUACAUGUGAGUUGUUGACUAUCAUCGUCAUCAUAGGAUGUGGUUUUGUUGCUGUUGUGUUUAUAUACUGGUGGAAAAGUGGAAAUGCGGGCAGAUUUUUAAACGUUUGUUGUUCUUUUUAAGUAUUGUCACAAAUGCGAUGACUGAAUGACAUAAGGGGGGGCGAGGUCAACAUAAACGUUAAUGCACAGAAAGCCCGCGCCGACCAGUCCGCCCUGCACUAGUUAGUGUGAUUACGAUGAAAACGUCAAUGUCUGCGAACAGAAAGUUUUUAAUGUAGAUUUUUACGUUAAGGAAAGAAACAAACAAACAAAAAAGUCAGAAUUCUGACUUUAUUUAUUUAGUUUAUGUCCCUAAUCCUCUUCCGUAGAUUUCCUUGGUUAAUUUGUUUUUUCUCGUCAAUUGUCUUCCGGCUGUUUUCUUUCUUCUUUGCUGAAUAUAUUUUUAUCUUCACACACAAACUCUGUCCCUCUGCUGUGUCUAAGUGCCUGACCUGUUAGCCUGUUAGCUUUGUCGUUGUCUGUGCAGUCGGGGUUUUUAUCCAGAUCCAAUGUGUCUGUUUUGUUUGUUAUUUUAAAAAACAUACCAUUACUUUUACUUGGUUGUUGUAUUUACAUUAAACCUGAUCUGAAGUGA